UGCCGAGCUAUGAUCGGACCCGAAAGAUUGGCAGAUAUUCAGUGUUCCAGGGCACGGCAUCUGAUUUAGUGGUUCAGGUCGUACUGAUUGCUGAAUCAAUGCGUUUGCAGGCAAUGAUGGCAACGUAUGGCAUACAAACACAGACGCCUCUGGAGGUGGAACCGGUCCAGAUAUGGCCGCCCUCUCAGUUGGUCAAAAUGUACGAACUUUUGGGUAUAAACGUCAAACUUGGUCUAAAGGGUAGACCCGCCCGACCUAUCGGUGCUUUAGGCACCAGUAAAUUGUACAGAAUAUUCGGCCAAACAGUGCUCUGCUAUCCCCUCACUUUUGAAUUGUCGGAUUUCUAUUUGUCUCACGACAUGGCCCUACUUAUCGAUGACAUCAAAAAUGAGUUGCAUUUUGUGGGCAAAUACUGGCGAAUGUCUGGUCGGCCGACAGUUUGUAUACUCAUUAGAGAAGAACACUUACGAGACGUGAACUUUAAGGAAAUGCUCGACCUUUUAGUUGAAUUCAAAAAGGGUUACUUACAGUCGGGCCUUAAGAUCAAAACGGGUCGACUGCAGAAUCUGAUCAGUUCAUCAUGUUUUGAACACUUGGAUUUCCUCCACUUAUUCCCGUCCGAAGCGUUGCCCAAAUUGGAGAGCUUUCGCCAAUUGGAGCACACGAUGGGAGUCGGCUAUCAAUCACUCACUGAUAUCCCGAAAGCUCUUGUCUAUAGCGAACCAAUGGAUGUGGACUUUAAGGCACUGUACGAACACANAUACAUUAUGGUAUGAAUGGAUACCUCGACAACCAUUGCUCUGUAUUCU